AAACCAUAGACGUCGAGGAUCUGGACUAGAGCGUCUGUAGCUAGCUUGGGGCCGCUCUAUCCUGAAAGUUCUCUCUGCGCGUGAGAGUAAGCGGCUCCUCCCUAUGGUUAUAAAACCGGCCGCGCAGAAUUGUGGGAGAUUAGCUGAGUUACUGGUGUCAGAGCAAAUAUGGCGGCGGUCGUGUUCUCCUUGAGACGUAGCGGGCCGGUGCUGAGGUUGUCGGGAGCCUUACAGGUCAGAGCUUGUGACGUUUCUCGUGGGGCACAGACAGCUGCCGCCCCCGCAUCUCAGGCAGCCGCUCGCAUCAAGAAAUUUGCCAUUUACAGAUGGGACCCAGACAAGCCCGGUGACAAGCCCCGUAUGCAGACGUAUGAGGUUGACUUGAAUACGUGUGGCCCCAUGGUGUUGGACGCGCUGAUUAAGAUAAAGAAUGAGGUGGACCCCACACUGACAUUUCGUAGAUCUUGCAGAGAAGGUAUAUGUGGCUCCUGCGCCAUGAACAUUAACGGGGGCAACACCCUGGCCUGCACCGUGAGAAUAGACACCAACCUGAGCAAAGUCUCCAAAAUCUACCCCCUCCCUCACAUGUAUGUUGUAAAGGAUCUUGUGCCUGACCUGAGUAACUUCUAUGCGCAGUACAAGUCGAUAGAGCCGUACCUGAAGAAGAAGGAUGAGUCUCAGCAGGGGAAGGAGCAGUACUUACAGUCCAUAGAGGACCGGGAUAAGCUGGACGGGCUGUACGAGUGCAUUCUGUGUGCUUGUUGCAGUACCAGCUGCCCCAGUUACUGGUGGAACGCAGAUAAAUAUUUGGGCCCCGCGGUGCUUAUGCAGGCAUACAGAUGGAUGAUUGACUCCAGGGAUGAUUUCACAGAGGAGCGACUCUCCAAACUACAGGACCCCUUCUCCCUGUACCGCUGCCACACCAUCAUGAACUGCACCCGCACCUGCCCCAAGGGCCUGAACCCGGGCAAAGCUAUCGCUGAGAUAAAGAAGAUGAUGGCGAUGUACAAGGAGAGAGCGGUGUCUGCAUAACGUUGUCAUGUGACUGGCAGCCGCAGUGUGAUUCGCUUCUACUCUACCUCUGUCCUGCAGCAACAUGGCAACUCCAGCACUUUCUCUAACCCGUGUGUUCUGCCCAUCAGCUGCCAGAGACCAGAGGGAAUGAGUGCCGCCUUGUGAUGUACAUUAAAUAGUUAAUUGUGGUCUUUAA